AUGUCAUCAGAGCCGUCGUUCAACGACACUGCAGACUUCGAAGCAGCAGAAAGGGGGUUUAUUGCCGCCCUCAAUCCCGGAAUUAUCAAAGAUGCAACAGGCAAAGAGGUGUGGAACAUCGAUGCCUACGAUUUUAUGAAAGACGAUUGCCCACCGACAGCACACCCCAAUCUCUGGCGUCAAGGCCAACUCAACUCCAAAAAUGGUCUCUUCAAAAUCUGCCCCGGAAUCUACCAACUUCGCGCGUAUGAUCUGUCCAACAUGACCAUUGUAGAGGGCAGGGAAGGAAUCAUCAUUAUCGAUCCCCUCGUAUCGUGUGAAUGUGCAGCCGCAGGUCUCGCGCUGUACCAAAAGCACCGAGGCAACAGAAAGGUCACAGGAAUGAUCUACUCACACUCCCACGGUGAUCACUACAUGGGCGCAGGCGGGGUGAUAGCCGAUACUCAAAUCCCAAUCAUUGCCCCGGAAGGAUUUCUAGAAGCAAUCAUGAGUGAGAGCAUCCUCGCAGGUCCGGCCAUGCGUCGACGCGGCGCCUUCAUGUACGGCAAUGCGCUUCCUCGCAGUCCAACUGGUCAAAUCGGGACUGGGCUGGGUAUGGGCUCGAGCGUCGGUACUACCAGCUUGAUACCUCCCAACGUCCUGAUUCAGAAGACGGGUGAAGUGCACGAGGUAGAUGGCGUCGAGAUCGUGUUCCAGAUGGUUCCUGGGACCGAGGCACCGGCGGAGAUCAAUUUCUUUUUCCCUGCUUUCAAGGCAUUUUGCAUUCCUGAGACGGCGACGAAUUGCAUGCACAACAUUGUGACGUUACGCGGCGCUCAAGUGCGAGAUGCCAAGGCUUGGUCGGGAUAUUUGGAUGAAGCGAUUGUGUUGUUUGGAGGGCAGUCGGAUGUGCUAUUUGGUAGUCACAAUUGGCCGACGUGGGGAAGGGAAGAUUUGAUCCAGCGUUUGGCAGAGCAGAGAGAUCUGUAUGGGUAUUUGCAUGAUCAGACAGUUCGUAUGAUGAAUCUGGGCAUGACUGGUAUUGAAAUUGCGGAGAAGAUGCAGCUUCCACCGGCGAUUUCAAGAGCGUGGCAUUGCCGAGGAUUCUAUGGAUCCUUGAGUCAUAAUGUGAAGGGCAUAUAUCAAAAAUACAUGACUUGGUUUGACGGUCGUCCCGAGCAUUUGUGGCAGUACCCGCCUGCCGAGGAGGGAGAGCGAUAUGUCGAAUGCUUCGGAGGUAUUGAUGGGCUCUGUGACCAAGCCGAGAAGUUCAUUUCAAAGGGAGACAAUCGUUUCGCUGCGACUUUGCUCGCGCAUGCCGUCUCUGCGGAUCCCGACUCAACAGGGACUAGGGAGAAGCAUCUUCUAGCUUCUGUCUAUGAGUCCCUGGGCUUUGGUGCUGAAAACGCGACAUGGCGAAACUUUUACCUUACCGCCGCUCAGCACCUGAGAUCCGGAAAAAGGGCCGGCAUGGUUGCCGGAGGUGGAACCGCAUUGGGCGAGAGACUGAGUAUUGAUCAGUGGUUCGAAAUUCUCUCUGUCCAGCUGAACGGAGAAGCGGCCGCAGAGAAAAAUUUCGCGAUAGACCUUGAUGUCACUGAUGUGGAGCAGAAGUGGAGGUUGAUUGUUAGUAACGGGGUUUUGACACGGCGAUUACUUGAUAACGCAAGUUCACAAAGAGAGGCAGACCAAAAUCCGCCGAACUUAAGCCUCGUACUCACACGGAAGCAACUUCUCGAGAUCAUCCGUGGGAAUGCUGUCAGAGUUGAAAGGACGACCGGUGAUGAAAAUGUGCUGGUGGAAUUAUUAGACCUUAUCCUUGUACAGCAAGGGUCCAUCCGAGGGCCAAGUCAAUUGUGA